AUGGUCCUACCUGACAUGUGUGUGUUCCUGGGGCAGCACUCUCUUCUCCUUGUGCUACUGACCGCCGUUGCUCUCAGUCCAACAACUGUGGUAGCACUAACCCAAGAGGAUGUCUGCAAAAACGAUGUCUAUCCUCCUCUGUGGCAUCAGGCUCCUGGAAGCAUAGAGGAUUUCCCAGUACAUGGCAACAAAAUCUUCAUCAGUGCCUGGAACUAUCUAGAGAGACUGGGAGUGUAUAAGAUCUUGCUCAACUAUUCAGCUAAAUAUUUCACCACAUCUGGAUCAAAUAAUGUUGGCAAUAUCCUAUGGGGCUUGCCUCUGCAGCUUGGCUGGCAAUAUCAUACAGGCAGGCUAGCAGAUCCUUCCAAUGUUACCACCUGCAGCCAUGGCGCUGGACAGCAUCUGUGCAUCUCUGUGCGAAGCUGGUGGGCCUCUGUGAAUUACUAUCUGAGUAUUAUACCAUUUCUGGGUGCCACGGAAGCUGGUUUCUUUGGACAGUUGCAACAUGAGAUAAAAAUAUUACCACCAGAAGAGCUAAGAGCAGAUUUCUGCUACAGCACUGCUGACUGCCGUUCCCGCAUUCCAAAAGUCAUGGAUGCAUGGAAGGCUUAUUUUGAGUAUCUAUUAUCCACUGAACAGAAAUCUGAAAGGCCCACAGCAUCUUCCUUCUCAAUAGAAAAAGAUGAAGCAUUGCAUUACUUGUGGGAAGCACAUGUAGCAUCCAUUGCUUAUGCAGUUCCAAAGUUCAGAAACAGCUUAAAAUAUGUCUCUGGCCCCGAAGCAAGUUUUGGGGAGAAUUGGGCUAAUGCUGUGGAUUUCAUUGCGGCUACACAUUUUUCAGCAGAUCUACAGAACACAAACUAUUUCCAGGCUUUCUUACCACCGCGGAUGCUAUCUGAACGUGAUAAAGCCCCAUUCAUUAGUGACUUCAGUCCAGAGCAGAACAAAGUCUUGCUUUCAUUUUGUGUUCUUCACAAAACAAAUGAAUUGACAGAUGAGGACAGCCAUGGUCAGUCUGAUGUCUGCUUGGAAAGGGCUUCUGUAGCUAGGGACACCUGCCAAUCUACCCUGAAAUACUUGAGGCCCACUGAGUAG